UUUAUCUAUCAUCUACCAUUUCUUGAAUCGGGAGCAAUAAGCCAAAUUCGACAUGGAAUUGGACUCACAUUUUACCGGUGUACGGUCAGACUCGCUGAUUAAUGACGAUAAUAGGGCCCCGUUGAUACAGAUUCUCUCGUGGCUUUUCCUUUCCUUCUGCAUUCUGUCAGUUGCGGCACAAUUUGGGACCAAACUGGCAAUGUCAAAACGCUUAGGGGCUCCCGACUUGACACUCGCGGCUGGUUUGGUAUUGGGUAUUGGUCAAAUAUCCAUGGUGUUGAGUCCAACAGGACAGGUUAUCGGGAAUUCGGCUUCACAUAUUAUCCCGGACAUGGAGCUGCAACAGGCUCUUAUGGCUUUAUAUGGCAGCGAGAUACUCGCUAUUUUUACUCUCAUGGCUGUCAAAGGUAGCUUACUGAUUGCUCUACUUUCUAUCACGCCGGUCUACAUGCACCGAAUAUCUAUAUAUGGAACAGGUAUAAUCACCAUGGCCUGGGGGAUCACUGCGGUGUUUUCCAUGUCGUUCCAGUGUCCUUCACCAAGGUGGUGGGAUGUGAUUAACGAAACGUGCACAAAUAUCUCUAUGAAAACAUACAACGCCAUGAUGAAUAUUCUAACCGACGCCGCCUUGUUGAUAAUCCCGUCAAUAAUCAUCCUACGUGUGCAGACUCCCUCCGAAGUCCGCAUGAAAAUACUUGUGGGCUUCUUGUUCCGUGUCUUGUAUGUUCUGCAUAAUACUACAAGAUACCUUGCCAAUUGCAACCGGUUACAAGGUCAGGCCCGGUCCGUUCGAGAAAGACCAACGUGCAUAAGCAGUCUUUUUCAAUUAUAGAAUCAUCGCCAUCUCAAAUUGGAAAAAUGGCAGAGGGCACCGUGCAGUUUGACGUUCCCGGCCUCUCCAAGCCUUGCCAUACCUGGUACAAGAUUGUCGGCGAUCUCGAGUCAUCUGCCCCUCCUCUAGUUGUGCUACACGGAGGACCCGGAGCAUGCCACGAUUACCUGCUGCCA